UUUUUUAAAGACAUAUUCAGGAUACACAUAUAUUUAUUUUUUUAAUUUUCUAUGGCAUUGUUCUCUUUUUUGGAAAAAGACCCUUCUUCGAAUUUCUAUUUAUCAUCAAAAUGGACUUCAACGAAGACGAUCGUGCGGUCGAGAUGGAAGCGCGAAUGCUGGCUCCCCUCGAAUGGGAAUCAACGGCGAAUUGCAAGAUAAUCGACCUAAGGGAACCACUGUACAACGAAGUGUUACGUUUGAUCAAACGUCAUUUCUUUCGCGAGGAACCAAUGUGCAAGGCGUCCUCGUUCCUGCAGGACCAGCCAUCCGUAAAGGAAUACCUGGAGCAUGUGCAUAUGUGGAUAAAGGACACCACGAGCCUGAUCGCCACUAGCCUGAUAUCCGGUCGCGUGGUCGGUGUCGCAGUCAUGAGGAUCGACAACGAGGCAGAUAAAACGAACACUUAUAAUCGCGUGCAGGACCUGCAUGGCGAAAGUCUCAAGAAGAUUAUGCACUUGAGGAACACCUUGAUCCAACAAACAAAUCCGCACAAGCAAUUCGCUCAGAAGGAGUACGUCACUAUUUACAUUCUCUACGUGCACCCGUCUUAUCAACAGAGAGGAGUUGAAGUUGCACUUCUGAACGGUUGCGUGCAAGCAGCAGUCGCGUUAAAAAUGCCAGCGAUCGGAGGUAUUUUCACUUGCGGCAUGAGUCAAUCGAAGGCACAGAGCGUGGGCUUUCAACUUCUCUCGGAAAUACGUUACAGUCAGUGGAUCGUCAACGAUCGAGUCAUCUUCGACGAUCCAGGAAGAGGAAAUUACUCGGCUGCCUUUAUGGGCAAGACAAUACCGCUCAAGUAAUAAUAAACUAUCAAGUAUCGUCUGUCGGUGACUUCCUCGUUCGGAACAAAGCCUCGAUAAAUUGUUCGAAAACCAUUAUGUAAAGUGAUACAAAAAGAAGGUAUAAAAUGAUUAAGAAAUCUGUAAGAUGUUUGGAAUAAAUUUUAAGAUUAAAUGGUUAAAGAAAAUGAAAAUAAUCAUCUAUAUAAAGUAAUGUAAUAUACACGAACAAAACUAAUCUGUUAAUAAUUAUUUCGAGCAAAGACAAUAUAAUA